CCUUUACCUACCCUCACCUCCCCCUUCUCUCCUCCUCCUCGUCCCUCCCCAUCCAUUCAUUCCCUCCUCUUCCUCUCCCCCCGAAGACAGUCCUUCCUGACUCCUUUGCUCGCCGAAAACGAAUAAAGGGUCUUUCCAUUCUCUAAUCCUCUUCCCCCCAAUUGAGAAUAGGAAAAAAGAGGAAGGUAGGAGAAAGAGAGAAGACUUAAUCUGGCGACGUCCCCUCCCUGACUGAACCGACUCGUCUCCCUCGACUCCCAACUCACCACCACCAACCACGCCCAAAGCUGUCAAGGUCGAACCAGCUUCAUCUUGCACACGCCCCCCUUCUUCUCCCAUCAACUCCCCGACAAUCCUCGACAGUUGGAAACGGUUCGCCAAUUCCCAGGUUUUCGAGCUUGCAGAGUGUGACCGGAAAAGCCACAAGAGAGCAGGACCACCGCAACAAAGAGAAAGAGACUGGAACUCGAUUUAAAGAUAUAGUGAAGAAGACCUUGAUUGGUAUUUUCUACACUGCUCUUUCAUCAGACAAGACAAGCAAAAAGACUCCCACGUCCCUCCCGUUCCUUGCAUCCCUCUCCCGACCGUCCGCCCUUCCCGCGACGACCAAUCCAACCAACCCAUCACCCCCUGAAGAAUUCCUCGCCUCCACGACGACCAAAGGAACUCGACUCAGACGUGCAACUUCCACGACGCAACAAAACCCACACACCCAUCCUCGGCCCUCCGACGACUACCACGAAAGCUCCCUUUCGUUCCGCCGGCCUGCCAUCCCGCCCUCAUUCCUUCCAAGAGCCCCUUUGCGAUCUUGGAUUGUGUCGGCCCCAAAGCUUCUCGAGCAACCCCGUUCUCCAGAAGCCCGAUUCUUCAUCCCCGUGGAUUCCCAAUCUCAGGUUCCCUCGACAAGGAAAGAAAACUACAGGAGAAUCUUUUUUUUGGUUCACUAUUGCUUUCUCUCAAGGCUUGUCAGACCAUCGAGAAUACCUCAUACAUGAUCCCACCAGGAUUAUAGAUCAUCCCUUUUUGUCCUUCGGGCACCAUCUGUGAAAAGGUACGUUUUUUUCUUACUACAACAAUGUAAUUCAGAUGAAGAUGUGCGCCUGGCCUACCUAUUCACCACCAUCAAUCCACCUGCCCUGACCAGUCCAGCCUGAUGACGGGAUGAACCUUCGUCUCCAUCUUCCAAACCUUCCCCUACCCAGAGCUUUCUCCGUUCACCACCAUCUCCACUACAAGCACUCAUCAUCCCCUUUACGUUACCGCAUCUGUUAAGAGCCCGGUGUCUAAACUUCACAUCUUCCCUCCCUCCACAGCUUUUGCGUGCCGUUGUGGUAUUUCUACUCGGCGAUCCACGUACACAAAGUUUCCCCCCACAUUUUACCAAGAAACCAAAACCACCACCAGUCCGAGGUCAGGAUAGCUCGAGGGGAUACGUUCAUUCGUCGCUCCCCCAAUCCCAUCCUCAGGAAUUGUCUCAAUUUCGUCUGUCUUGACAGUCAAAGUUGCACAACAACCGUGGCGGUAAGCCUCGCCAUCACUUCACACUCCAGCCCUUUUCCCUUCCCAGUUCCUGAGCCUCUGCCCUCUACUCACUCCCUUCUGCCCCUACGGUCCUCUCACUGCCUAGCCCCCCAGUCAAGAGACGCCAGUCUAGAUGAUUCUCCAUCUCCCCUCGUGCCAAUCCGUCUCCCCACCACCCACUGGUCGAAUCAGGGCGACUCUAUCUGAGUUCGAGAUCUUCCCCCUUUAGAUCGGCACCAAGCGGUAUUUACAGAAGCCGGUUGCUCCUUCAUCGCGCCCGUCGUCAACCUUCAAACAGCUGCUUGUCUCACUUCGUCCACUACUCUAGGCUCCCUCGAGCGCCUGCAAUCGUCUAAACGAACCGCGAGCUAACCCAAUCUUUUCUCUUCUUUUAGAGCCAUCCACUCGACCUCUCUCAUAAACGGCCAGUUUCCCGGCCACCUUUCCGUCCGUCAAUCUCACACGAGGAACUCGGUCUCGCAUCAUUUCGGCUUCUCAUCCAGCCACAGUCACUCUUUUGCCGGACCCUGUUCGCUUUCAACACGCUCCUUCUAAUACUAAUAUUCUAAUCUCUCGGUUGCACCAUUCCACUCUUUCACAGCACCGAUUCUGAAGACUUUUUUUUACCGUUUCUUUUUUCACGUCCUUCCGUCUCCGACCACCAAAAAAGCUUCCUGGAGAACUUAAUCGUCAUUCUUUCCCGUUUCGGAACUUCGACCCGUCAGCCAACCCCCCUCAUACCCGCCCUCGACUCACUACAUCACAAUUCAAAAUGGCGUACUACCAACAACAACAGCAGCACUCCGAUCCUACCUUCUUCACAGAGGACCACGACGAACCCCAACGGCCAAGAAUGGGCACUCGGGACGCCGCCAAGAUGAUUGCGAGGCAACGGCAGGAGAUUAUCGCCAGCGAGCUUUCCCGGAUAGCUGGUGACGAGUACUUGGAGGAUAUCAUGAAGCACAUGAGGCACAUGGAGGAUGAGACGAUGCCUGAUGCCAAUCUCAUCGACAUGCAAAGAGAGAUCCAAUGGUACAUGAGACCCUAUCUCAUCGACUUUCUCAUCGAAGCCCAUGCCGCCUUCGCCCUCCUCCCCGAGACUCUUUUCCUCACUGUGAACCUCCUCGAUCGGUACUGCUCAAAGCGUGUCGUCUACAAGCAACACUACCAGCUCGUCGGUUGCGCCGCUCUCCUGAUUGCCGCCAAGUACGGUGACAAGAAGGACCGUGUGCCCCAGAUCCACGAACUCAACAACAUGUGCUGUGGCUUGUACGACGCCGGCAUGUUCACCCAGAUGGAGAUGCACGUCCUCAACACCCUCGAGUGGACCAUUGGCCACCCCACUGUCGACUUCUUUACCCAGCUCAUCGUCGCUGAGGAGCACGACAAGGUUGAGGUUGAGCACAUGGCUGCCUACAUCUGCGAGAUCGCCCUGUACCACCGUGACUUCGUCUCCACCAAGCCUUCCAUCAUGGCUCGCUCAUCUCUCGCCUUGGCAAGAGCGAUCCUUGGGGAGCCCGAGAUCAACGACGGAGAAUGGGACCACGUUGAGAACGUUACCCUGCUGACCCUCUCUCAACACCUGCACAGCCCCUCCGUCGCCCUCGCGAGGAAGUACUCAUCAUCACACUUCUCCGGCGUCGCCAAGAAGCUUGCGUCUUUCAUGGCUCACCAAGCUAGCAUCGCGCGAGCCCAGUCGGGGGUCCCUCCGAGUCCGCCUUCUGAGUCCGCCUCAAAACACUCAAACAUCUACAGCACCCCCCACAAAGGCCACGGAGCUGUCGCAGGAGUAGUAGAAGGAUACAUGACCCCGCCCAUCACCCCUGAUGGCGCCGCAUACGGAACCGUGAACAAGGACGCAUACCCCAUGCCGCCGAGAUGUCCGGUCACCCCGACGCCACAACCCAACACAGCGGCGUACGCGCAACAACAAGUGCAGCAGCAAUACGCCCCCUUUGUACACCAACAUACGACAGGCCACCACAUGGCCUAAACGUCGACUAGCACGAGUCGAACUCAGGACCGACUUGUCGGUCCGCCCCGCGGAGUCCCACACAGCGAACCAACGCUACGAUACGGGCAAUCGAAGCUUUCCCCUCAUUAUACCCGUGGCAGGGCAAUUGAGCGAUCUCCCAGGAAGUGGAUUAAAAAGGAAAAAAAGAUUGUUUGCCGCAUGCAUACAGAAUGGUUUUUUUCAUCAACACGUCAUGGCAUCGAGCGAUUUGAUUUUUAUGCAACAAAGUCCAUUUUCACUCAGCAGAAGUGUCCCAAAAAAAGGAAUACGGAUCAUACCCCAAACAACCCCCGAGUUAUUUUUUUCUCAACAGCAUUCAGCGGCUUUUUAUUACAUACACAACACACCCCAACGAAGAGUUUUUACGUUCGCGAGAUGGUCACCCCAGGAUGGGUGAAGGAUUGGAAUCACAGCGGUCAUCCUUCACGGUAAUUUGAAGCUGGGAUCCAGGCGACGAGAUAUCGACACCCCCGACCCAUCGUUCACAACACACCAAUGAAGGGACACCAGCCAAGGUCAGAUUGUAGGGUCUCAGGAUGAGAUUCGACCUGAAUGGGAAUUCUUGAAGGAGGAGAAAAAAAAAGAAGCACAGUGGAUUUUUUUCGACGGAUCGGUGGGACCUCGAUGGACUUUAACCCGAUGGGAAAAGACUCUUGGACUCGCUCAAGGAAGGGAAACCUGCGGCCACUGAGCACACGAACACCUCCUGGCCGGUUUACUUUUUUCGCACCUUGGAACCAACCAUUUCGAGAGUGGUGGACAGAUUGUUUCCUUUUUCUUUGAUCAUUGAAGGCCGGAUAUCCCCUAAUUGGCCAACAAUGGAUACAAAGGGAUACCAAAGGAAUCGGUUUUUGGUCCGCACGUUACUUUUGGAGACAAGGCUGGAUUCGUUCUCUUUCGAUGACCAGAAGGAAAUUUCUGGAUGGAGAGAAGGAAAUGGGGGGAUGACCAUGAUACGGUACCACCCCCUUACCCAGCCGGGGCGAGAGCCCUCGAGACUUUCGUAUACCCGCAUUUGGACUCCCUUAUGUGUAAGGUAGUUGUACAAAGGCAC